UCAUUAGCUGCGCAUCACCCCCACUGACACCCAGAGUACCACCACUGUAUAUAAUCGACGCGGGAGACCACAGCUGUCUUUUUGCCAUUGUACAGGUAUUCAUGAAUGCACCGCGAAGCUCCUGGCCCAUCAGCUCGAGAUAUGUAACUAUUAUCAAUAAACUAUUCCAGGGUCUCAGUCCAGCACAAAUCUCUCCUGGACACGAUGAACAGCGCUUCUGGCAAGAGCUGCUGUCCUUGGAGCCCGACCGUACCUUUCUAACGCGUCUUCUAUGUACACUUUCCAAGGACGAGUGCCUCAUUUCACACAAGCUCGUGCUCCAUGCCCUAUUUACUGUCUGCACCGUGUUUGCAGCCGACCGCAAGGGCAAGGAGACCCGCGGCCACGCCAUCGACACGCUCUCUAUCAUGCUGCACACUGUGCUCGCCAAGAACCUAGCAGGUUGGGAGGUGAUGGAGAUCUUUGCUAAUAGUGUGAACGAGGCCGACAGGGUGUUCAUGGAGUUUGUUGGGAUGAUUGCAGAUGUACUGGGCGAUAAUGAUGCUCCUGAGGCUCUUCGACACCAGGUUCUCCAACUAGCUGUUGUCUUCACGUGUAGCAUCAGCCAGUUAAGCCCCGGCGCAUACUUCCUGCGCCGAGACCUCUUUCCUUGCAUAGCUAAGGUCAUCACAUCCCCAGAUACUCAACGCUUUACUUUUGAAGCGUCGCUCCUCCUCUCUAUUCUGGCGAAUUUUCACAAAUCUGAUGCAGCGAGGCUUAAUCCAUACCUCCAGCGCAUACGUGAUACGCAAGAUACAGAACUCAUGCGCAAGAUUUGUUGGGCAGCGGGGUUUGCACUCGAUGCUGCUGUCAAGGCAUACCAAGAAAUCUCGGACGAUUCGAUCCCCACAUUUUCAAAGAGCGUCGGAGCCCUGUUCACCUCUCUCCUACCCGAUCGUGCACUGGCAAUGCAGCCACUCGACGUACCUCGAGACUUCCUUAAGACUCAACCAAUCGAGGCGACUGUUUCACUCCUACCCGUUUUCGAGUUCCUUUUCUUCAAUCCCCUUUUUGCGCAGGUGCUAGUGGAUAUGAUACACAAGCCAUCUGGUAACAAACAGAGCGCACCGGUACCACCACUAGCAUAUAACAUCCUCUCAUUGUCAUCCUAUGUGUUGACUCAUGCCUCGUCUUCGGCGUCACCCCGCACGUUGGCUUAUGCAAACCUUGCAUUGAACACACUUCUUGUGAUGUCUGAGAAUGCAGCUAUAAUGUCGGUCUUUUGUAAGCCUGCCUCCUCAAAGGAGGCAAUCAGGCUGUGUCGGCAGAGACUUCCACUCCUUCCAGUGCCAUCGUCUACGCGUGCACCAAUCUGCGCACUCCUGGAUUGUUGUGUAUUAUGGCUACGCCAUAAUCUACAUAAGCGGCUCGAGGUGUACACGUUCACUACGUGUAUCUGGACGUGCCAUCGCGUCAUAUGGUAUCUACAGAAGGAAAGAAUACGAUUAGAAUACGACUGGCUUGAAUUAUGGAAGGCUGUUGUUGACUUACUUGGGUUUCUUUCCGGCAAGCUAGAUAGUUUGGUGACGACUGGAGGCAUCGAGCGUCUAGUCCAGGAGACUAUCCGGUUACUUGACCUUGCUUUGCGCAAAGCAGACCUAAUUUUACCCACACCCACCGCCGUUCAUGAGUUCAUCUAUGAAGUCGUUCGCUCUUCCGCGGUGAUUAGAAAGCAAACGCUGCUUUUAGAAUCACUAGGACAACCCACGUCCGUAGACCGUGGGGCGUUGCUGCGUUCUGACAGCGCAUCCAACACUCUGUCUCGUAUUCUUUCCACAGCCGCCUACUACGAGGGAAAACUCACUUUUACUGGUACACGUAGCGCCAAGGACGCAUUCCGGACUGUUUCAAAAGACAUUGAGCAAAACGGCUUGCACAGUGCGCAUAAUGCGGACGACACAGACCCACCGAAACAUGCGGAGGAUGUCGUUAGUUUUAUUCGUGUUGCAUGCACAGAUGGCUUAGCGCUGAUGUCGUGAGGAGUCUAUUGGAAAAUUGGCGGGACUCCGCUUCCGUUGUGACGAGAGACUCUAGACUAACUGCUACUCAGUGACACCAUCGGCUAUAGAUAGUCUAUCUGCUUUUGCUUGGCCGAGCGCUUAGAUAACCAUGUAUAAUUUGUAAAGGUUAAAAAGUUUUUUCGAGUAGCCAUAAAUGGGACAGAAUGGUCCCCGAGCAUCCUCGAAG